GAAACGCAGUGUAUUCCAGGAAAAGGCUAACAGGAUAAGAAAAAUCAAAAUAAUAUAAACUACUCUUAUAAGUCAACAACCUCUUUGACGGCGCUAAGGCAACAACAGCAAAAAGCCCAAUUAAAGUCAGCAAAAUUUAUUCCUCCAUCUAACUGAAACCAACUCUUCUUGAUCAAUGGCUACGCUUACACGUGUCCCGUUGGUCGUCUCCAGCAGCAGGGUUCCAGGUCCUUCAUCAAAGUCCUUGGGUCACUGUCAUAAAUGUAAUAGCGUGGCAUCGUCGUUACCUUUAACCACAAAAGUUCCAGAUUGUUCUACUCUCUCUUGUCGUAGUUUUAGCUCUUUUUCGUCUUCCUUUUCUGCUUUGACAACAAGAGACAACAGGGGUUUUAGGAGAACAGCAGUGGUAUUAGCUUCUAUGGCAGAUUUGAGCACUGUGCUUGUCACUGGAGCCGGUGGCAGAACAGGUCAGAUAGUUUAUAAGAAAUUGAAGGAGAGGUCAGACCAGUUUGUUGUGAGAGGAUUGGUUAGAACUCCAGAAAGCAAGGAGAAAAUUGGUGGAGUAGAUGAUGUUUUUGUUGGGGAUAUAAGGGAUGCCAGCGGUCUAGUUCCUGCUAUCCUAGGAAUUGAUGCUCUCAUAAUUCUUACUAGUGCUGUUCCAAGAAUGAAACCUGGAUUUGAUCCAACCAAAGGAGGAAGGCCUGAGUUCUAUUUUGAAGAUGGAGCGUACCCUGAGCAAGUUGACUGGAUCGGUCAGAAAAAUCAAAUAGAUGCCGCUAAGGAGGCUGGAGUGAAGCAAAUUGUGUUGGUUGGAUCCAUGGGUGGAACAAACCUUAAUCAUCCACUGAACAGCUUGGGCAAUGGGAACAUUUUGGUCUGGAAGAGAAAGGCUGAGCAGUAUUUGGCUGACUCUGGUGUUCCAUACACAAUUAUCAGGGCUGGAGGGCUGCAAGAUAGAGAUGGUGGCAUCAGAGAACUACUUGUUGGGAAGGAUGAUGAGCUUCUUCAGACUGAAACAAGAACAAUUGCCAGGCCUGAUGUAGCAGAAGUCUGCAUACAGGCACUGAAGUUUGAGGAGGCUAAAUUUAAGGCAUUUGAUCUAGCCUCAAAGCCUGAAGGAGUCGGCACCCCAACUACGGAUUUUAAGGCUCUUUUUUCCCAGAUCACUACUCGUUUCUAAUUCUCGAGGGCCAUGAGUUUGUCUAUGACUAUUGACUAUUAUUAUGCUUCUAAGGAGUUUUAAUAUGAAUAAUUGUAAGAAUCUGAAACGUUAAGGUCAUGCCAUGGUCAGCAGAACGGACACAAACAAGCAACUAUUAUCUGUGUCUACUCAGGCAGGCGUCCUUUGCAAACCUGAGCUGAACAAGUAAGAUGGCGUUGCAAUGAUAGUAAUGUAUGGACAUCUGUGAUCAUUCUUAUCUUUCUGUUUUGUCUGACAUUGCCUUGGAACUCAAUAUUUGAAUUGAAUAUAUUAAAUUGCUAAACUUGUAGUAAUAUUUAUGUUCUA